UUUUAUGCCAACAUAAUUUUUUUUAUGUCAUUGACCUCCCCACUCUCUAUUUUAUAUUAGCCGGGAAUGUUCUGAAGGGAAAUUGCAUUUAACCAUAAAGUUUAUAAAAACAUUGUGUUGCCAGAUUGUUUACAUUAACACACUCUGUUGAAAGAGCAUUAAUUUUACCAUGCUAUUGUUUAUACUGCAGCAAAUUGAGUUCAUGAAUAGAUGUUUGACAUUUAAAAAGAUGUUAGAAUAAGCUUUGAUAGACUAGCAGUUUUGGAACUUUCGAGAAGCCAGUCUUUGCAUAAUUCUGGACGUGAGUAGUUUCACGUCAAUUUUCACUGAUUUAAAAUUUGUAAUUUAAGGCAUUAUAUGUCAAAUAAAAGGUUUUAAUUUUACGUAUUAUUUUGAACUCUGGUAUAAGGAAAACUUUGCAUAUCAACUUUUGGGACGGCGCCCCGUUUUCUACAGAAAAUUUGAGUGAAAAGGUGGGAUCAGUCACGAUGGCGUGGUGUACACAAAAAAAAGAAUUUCGGAACAAAGAACAUUCACUUCCGGUAAAGAUGGCUGUGGUCAAGGGCCUCAAAGUGCAACUUUUGUAGUCAUUCUUUUGUCAAAAGGCUAAAGGACUACAUUCAAAAUGACAGCUCACAGAGUCACGAUUUAAACUUGCAAGGAAACGCUCUUGUUCAAUAUUCCGGAUUCCCGGGCGCUACAGUAAAGGAAUUGAGGAGACAUCUGGAAGUUGUUAGUGAUUUCAGCCCAGACAUUAUUGUGCUGAUCAUUGGGACAAUCGACAUCUACAAUUCGGAUGCUACUCCGGAAAGUGUUGCUCGGGAUAUGGAGAAUUUAAUAGACACUCUUUUGUUUGUGAUUGGAGUGGGAAAAGUCAUAGUGUUACAAGUUUUACACAAACAGGUUCCGUUAUCUCAUACAAGAUAUCCAGUCGACGCGGAUUGGUUCAAUGCACGCGUUGACGAUCUGAAUUCCCAUCUGAUAGAGAUGCUCAAUCGCACUGGUCAUGGUCGUUCAUACCUAUGGCGUAUGAAGGGGUUUUGGUCUCCUGCUUCCAAACAACAAAAUUUUGCAGACGAUGGUUGUCACCUGUCCAGUGCCGGUCAUCUCCGCCUCAUUACAAAUGUCAGAGCUGCUGUGGUCGCCGCCCAGAAGAUCAUGAAACGUACCAGCCGUCCUAAGAAGGGUACGCAUUCGGCGUGUACCUGUUGUUCCGGACAAAAACAAGCACACAAGCGCAAAAACAAUGCUGCCCCAACCUCAACAAAAGGCAAAGGCCCGAAAAACAAAAGACUCACAACAUUCUGCCCCUGGAGGCCAAUCUAGAUGACGAUGUGAAUGACAACUUCAGCAGUGAUGAAGAAACAUCGGUUUGUUUGCCAGCUGCUCCAAGUACAGCAACAACCCUUCGUGUACAAACAUCCUCAUCUGCGAGUCCUCACAUGCCAGCGGUUCCCCCGCAUCUACCAGUAGAAUCAGACUCUUCUUCAAACUCCGAUUCGGAUGAAGACGAUCACUAUCUGUUCCCAAUCUUACAACAGGCCGUGUCUCAACACACAAAUUCCUUGGCAGGUAAUGGCAUUCAGUUCGCAGAACCCAUUGGCACUCCAAUCAUUAAUCAAAUUAAAAGUAAGACGCGCAAACUUAUUUGGAAAAAUAUGUUUGUGGAUAUGGCGUUUCUGCUGCCGUCAUCGCAAAAUCCGUCCACUCUGCAAUUUACACUCCAACUGGACGACCAACACAGUUUUACCAUUAACCCAACUUCACGUAGCAAAAAAAUCAAUACCAUUGAAGCAUGGACCACAGCAUUCAUUAGAUUCAUGGCCGUUUACCUACACAAAUACCCCUUUGAGGCCCAACAGCUCCUGAAAUAUAUGGAGAUUGUACGCGACAUUGCCAGGCGCCGCCCCGGGAUGGCCUUUCUCUAUUACGACACGCAGUUUCGCUUGUUGCGCGAGUCAGUUCUUAUGCCCUGGGACAGUAUUCAUAGGGAAUAUUGGUUAAUGGCCUGCAUGUCUUUCCAACAACCCCAGCAGCCCUUUCGGCCCAAGCAACCACCAAACAGGUCAUACAGUACUGGCCCACCCCCCUCCAACGGUUUCUCGAAAAAACCUGCUGGCAUUUCAUUAAGCGAACCUCUUGUUGUAACCAAAAAUGCACACAGCCCCACAUCUGUGGCUUUUGUAGAGGUCCAUAUGCAGCAUACAACUGCAAAUUCAGCAACAAAGAACAGGCAGCCAAAGCCCAGUCUCAAUCAAACAUCGACCCUGCUAAGUCAACAAAGUAACAAUCUUGUAGUUACCCCAAUUAAAGUCUCUGCACUUACACCAUUUCUUCAGGACUAUCCAUUAGCACAAUAUCUGAUUCUAGGUUUUACACAUGGUUUUAAAUUGGGUUACACAGGUCAACACAAGGCUUCCACAUCCCCAAAUCUGAAGUCUUGUGAUGAGAACCCUGACACAGUGCAAAGUAAACUUCAGGCAGAACUAAAUUCAGGUCGUGUAAAAGGCCCCUUUACAUACCCUCCUUUCGAAAACUUCCGGGUAAGUCCCAUUGGCCUUGUUCCCAAUAAAACACCGGGACAAUUUAGGUUGAUUCAUCAUCUAAGUUACCCACGCGGAAAUUCCGUGAACGAUUUUAUAGAUCCUAACUUGUCUAGUGUUAACUACAGUCCCUUUGAUGAUGCAGUCAACAAACUACUGGAACUGGGUACAGGAACCUUAUUCUGUAAAACGGACAUAGAUUCUGCUUUUCGUUUAAUUCCUAUUCAUGCAAACUAUCAUCACUUAUUAGGGUUCAAAUUUAGGGGUCAGUAUUAUUUUGAUACGUGUCUUCCAAUGGGAGCGUCCUCAUCAUCUGCAAUUUUUGAACGUUUAAGUUGUAGCCUUCAACACAUUUCGGAAAAUAUCUUAUUAAACACAUGGUACACAUUCUCGAUGAUUUUCUCAUAUAAGGCCCUGCAAACUCAAACAGCUGUCAAAAUGAUCUUAACAAAUUCCUUAAUUUCUGUUCAAAAAUAGGCGUUCCGAUUAAAGAGGAAAAAACAGAGAAUGCUCGAACUGUUAUCAUUUUUAUGGGUCUUGAACUAGAUUCUAAUAUGAUGGAAGCCCGCUUGCCUCAAGACAAAUUAGAAAGAUUGAGGAUGCAACUUGCCUGAGUAGCAAAACAUCGCAAGGUCACCCUUAAAGAAUUACAAUCCCUUCUAGAUUUGUUAAAUUUCUGCUGCCAGGUAGUAACACCUGGUCGGUGUUUUUUUGCGUCGCCUUAUAGAUCUUACUAAAAAAGUAACACACCCACACCAUAGAAUAACACUAAAUAAGGAAAGUCGGAAAGAUAUCCGUGCUUGGCAAUUGUUUGUUGAUCAUUUCAAUGGUAAACAACUUAUUCUACACAAACGUUGGCUCACCUCAGAUACAUUACACUUACACACAGACGCCUCAGGUUCUCUAGGUUUCGCUGCAAUUUUUCAGUCCCAUUGGUUUUAUGGUACAUGGCCUACAUUGUGGUCUCCCUACGACAUAACAUUCAAAGAGCUUUUACCCAUCACUCUUUCAUUAGAAAUUUGGGGUUUUCAGAUGAGAAAUCAAUGUAUAGUACUUCAUACAGAUAAUGGAGCAGUUGUACACAUUAUCAAUAAACAGACUUGUAAAGUACCUAACAUCAUGGCCCUAGUCCGCCGUCUUGUGUUAGCCGGCAUGAAGUAUAAUAUAUUGCUGAGGGCUGAACACAUCCCGGGUAUAUACAAUAUAUUAUGCUUUCUAUUAUAUUUACGCAUAUCACCACCCAGUAAUGGCCAGCUAUUUAAAGACAAUAACAAUCAACCAGUUUCUACCACGUAUUUCAGAUCGGUCUAACGUUUAUGUGUUCUAGCAAACAACAUGGAUCCAAAGUUCUUUACAGCCCAUUCAUUUCGCAUUGGUGGUGCUACUUAUGCUCACAAUUCCAAUAUGUCCGUAUCACAAAUACAGAAGCUAGGUCGCUGGAAGUCCAACGCAUACCUAAAAUAUAUCCGUCCCUCGGCUCUCUCUAUAUAAAUCAAGAUAAAGUCGCAACAAUACUCUGCUUACAUAUUUGAAUCUUUAAUCUUAAUUUUUCAAAUGAUCUGACGGUCAUAGGCAGCAGAUCAAUUUUUUCAUAAUUUUGACCACAUGAAAAUUCAUUGAUUCAUUAGGCGGCAGAUCUUUUUAAACAAUAUCAUAAGAGAACUGAAUGCCAUUGCCAGCCUUCUCAGUGCUGUCGGUCAACGCCGCGGCCAUGAUAUUGACUUUCAAUGAUUGUCACAUUAUAACGUAAAGAACAUAGCUGAUGGUUUAAGGCCACAGUUGAAACAUUUGCUUUAGCCACAGUAACUGCUGUGUAAUUUGUUUUGGCUGAUGGUUUAAGGCCACAGUCACGAAAUUUGUCUUAAAUGAUAUCAGUUUGAAGCCGCAAUUGUACAAACUCUAGUAUUAUAUCACAGUAAAGAAGUGCGGGUACCAGUGACAGUCAAUGUAAAUAUGAUUAUUUGUUAUAAAUGUGCUUGCAUAAUACGAACAAUUGAGAGCAGAAUGGGGUCCGCAGUUGUCGUUAUCAUGUGUCUUUGUUAUACAGCUGUAUAUUAUUUUUCUUUCAGUAUUUUUUGUAAUUCGUAUAUUUCGUCUCCAAAGCUGUUAGCAAUAACCACUUAUGUAUCAUAUGUGGUCUUUGUCAUGGAUGGGCAAGUCCUUUAUCUAUAUUUAUGAUAAUUUACAUUGCCUUCUGUCUACUAGUAUUGACCAUUUAUUCUGUAUAGGCUGUACAUGUAUAGAUUUAGAUAAUUAAUGCCCUUUACAUGUAUCAUCCACGUGUUUGAUGAUAUGAUAAAAUCCACUUUUAAGUAUUGUGUUUAUACGUGUAUAUGAUAAGAGGCUGCAGAGUAUUUUUUAUAUGUAGGUCAAUGCAAAUAUGAUGAUCCAUUUCUAAUUGUCUGGCUUCAUAUUAUCUCUGUCCACGGUCGAGCUCGUUCCAGUCUUAAGUCUCUCUGGGCGGCGGUUCCCUUUUAGCGGUUUUUUGCCUCCCAGUUAUGUUCAUAAGGGGAAAACAUUUAUAAUAUGUUUGCUUUGAUUAUGUAUUACGUAAUCAUGUAUUUGUCAGUUUAUGGCAUUUAUAAUAAAUGCCCAGUUUUCAUUCAAACAUAGUUUUCUGUUUUCCCUUUUUCCCAUAAUCGAGUUCGACCUAGACUGUUAUCUCUCCCCCGACCUUGGGCAAUACAUAAAUAACAUUUUAUGCCAACAUAAUUUUUUAAGUCAUUGACCUCCCCACUCUCUAUUUUAUAUUAGCCAGGAAUGUUCUGAAGGGAAAUUGCAUUUAACCAUAAAGUUUAUAAACACAUUGUGUUGCCAGAUUGUUUACAUUAACACACUCUGUUGAAAGAGCAUUAAUUUUACCAUGCUUUUGUUUAUACUGCAGCAAAUUAAGUUCAUGAAUAGAUGUUUGACAUUUAAAAAGCUGUUAGAAUAAGCUUUGAUAGACUAGCAGUUUUGGAACUUUCGAGAAGCCAGUCUUUGCAUAAUUCUGGACGUGAGUAGUUUCACGUCAAUUUUCACUGAUUUAAAAUCCACCUCCUCCCAUGCCUCCUCCUCUUAGUUUAUCAUGCUUACAUUCUAGCUAUUUUAGUUAUAUGUGUUUUACAGAGUUGCAAGAUAGUUAAAUGAUUUUCUUUGCUUUACAUUAUAGCCUUUUUAGUUCUAUUGUUUUAUUUGAUUUGCAAUUAUGCCAUUCUAGUCUUCAAAGUUGCCAAUUUUGAUUGAAUACAUGUAUGAUUCUAGUCUUUGGGUCGGCGGUUUUUUGCCUCCCAGUUAUGUACAUUAGGGAAAACAUUUAUUAUAUGUUUGCUUUGAUUAUGUUUUACGUAAUCAUGUAUUU